AUGCGUUUCGACGAUAUUCUUGGUGAGCUGGGCUCGUUCGGUCCCUAUCAGAGACGCGUUUAUCUGGUCGUAUGUUUGAUGGCAGCUACCACCGCAUUUCACUCCAUGACGCAGGCCGAAAACUGGGAGGAUGAGAACUGCACUGAGUGGAAUUUGUCUGCUGAUGAGUGCGAGGAGGCGAAGAAGAACGGUAGUAUUCCAGUCAGUUACGAGGGCGACGGAGAUCUUUUCUACGAUCAAUGCUAUAUGUAUAACAUCACAGGCGUGGAUUUUGACCCAUCAUACAAUUCGCCGACAAAUGGUAGCGCCGAGAUUUUGCCGUGCCAAGAUGGUUGGGAACACGAUAAGAGUGAGCUGAAAUCAUCCAUCGUCCAAGAUUCGGAUCUAGUAUGUGAAAAGAAAAACUUGCCCGACUACGCUCAAUCUGUGUUUUACUUUGGUUAUAUGGUUGGAUCUAUCUUCUUCGGAGUCCUUGCAGACAAAAUUGGUCGAUAUCCUACUCUGUUCAUUUGCCUCGGUGUCCAGGCUGGUGUAGGUGUACUCAUCGCUUUCUCACCUAACUACUGGGUGUAUAUUGUUCUUCGAUUCUUCCAAGCGGCUGGCAACAAGGCUGUUUUACAAGUUGCAUUCAUCAUAGUUGUUGAGUUUGUUGGACCAAAAUGGCGGACGGUGGCCGGUAUUACCUUCCAGAUUUUCUUCGCCUUGGCCUAUAUGCUUCUUGCUAUCAUCGCAUACUUUGUCCGGUAUUGGAGGACUCUGCAACUCAUCAUCUCUGCUCCACUGUUUCUUUUCUUCUUACUUAUGCCGAUGGUUAAUAAUAUGGUGUACUCUGGAUUGACGUAUAGUACUGGUGACCUCGGGGUCAAUGUCUACCUGAACUUCUUCCUGUCUGGAGCAGUUGAGAUCGUAGGUUACGUCUCAGCCAUGUUCGCCAUCGAGUUCUUUGGUCGUCGCCCUAGUAUUGCUACUUUCCUUUUCAUUGGUGGAUCUGCAUGUCUUAUCAACAUUGGUCUACCCAUUGGUACAUGGAACACAGUGGUCGCCCUGACAGGGAAAUCAGCAAUAUCGGCUUCCUAUGCCAUAGUCUACAUAUACUCCGCAGAGUGUUUUCCAACGCCUGUCAGGAGUAUCGGUGUCGGGACCUGUUCCAUGAUGGCUCGUGUGGGGGCCAUCAUCUCACCCAUGAUUCUCAUCCUGGGGGAAUACUAUUACCCCGCCCCUCUCAUCAUCUUUGGCACCACCACCAUCUUGGCUGGUUUCCUCUCCUUCCUCCUCCCCGAGACGCGCGGCAAAAAACUUCCCGAAACCGUCGAGGAAGGGGAGAUUUUCGGAACGUAA